GGGCCGGGCCUGGGCACGUGUCCUGGGGCCCCCCUCCCGGGCCACGUGACCCUCGGAGGGCCGGACCGGUCUGGGACCAGGCUUGGGGGACCUCUCUCGGGCUUUCUAGCCGGAGGGCAACGGCCGAGACGAGGCGGGUGCGGGCGCCCGUGCGCCCCAAGGCUGCGCAAUGUGGAAAGGCCAGUCACCGACCGACGAGGGGCAGCGGGGCAUCCCUGUGUCCUGGAAGAGUGGGGGCCUUUGCCAAAGCCACGGAGAGACGCCAGGAAGAGACACAGAGAAGGCCUCAGUGGAGCUUGGGCCAACGGGCCCCCCCCUGGACGUUUCCCGCCUGCGCAGCUCAUCCAUGGAGAUCCGGGAGAAGGGCUCUGAGUUCCUGAAGGAGGAACUGCACAAGGCACAGAAGGAGCUGAAGCUGAAGGAUGAGGAAUGCGAGCGCCUGUCCAAGGUGCGGGAGCAGCUGGAGCAGGAGUUGGAGGAGCUGACAGCCAGCCUGUUUGAGGAAGCGCACAAGAUGGUCCGAGAGGCCAACAUGAAGCAAGCCACAUCGGAAAAGCAGCUAAAGGAGGCAAGGGGCAAGAUUGACAUGCUGCAGGCAGAGGUGACAGCCCUGAAGACCCUGGUCAUCACGUCCACUCCGGCCUCCCCCAACCGCGACCUGCACCCCCAGCUGCUCAGCCCCACCAAGAUGGGACCCCGCAAGGGUCACUCACGCCAUAAGAGCGCGCUCUGCCCCGUCGUGUCAUGCCCUGCCAUGGGACACAGCCUCGCUGCCACCACCCCUGGGCCCACCAACGCAGACAAGGAGGGCAGAGAGCCUGGGCUGCCCCCACUCCUCUCCCUGCUGCUCUGUGUGCUCCCUAGCAAGGCAGUGCUCCUCACCUAUGAGCCGGCCUGGCAGCGCCCGCCUGGGGAGCCGCCCGCUGCCCCUCUCUCCUUUUCCCGACAGGUGGACUCCACCCUGUUUGCCGAGUUCCAGGCCUGGAGGGAGGCGCCUACCCUGGAUAGGGCGUCCCCUUUCCUGGACCGGGUGUACCGGGAGGACGUGGGUCCCUGCCUGGACUUCGCCAUGCAGGAGCUCUCGGUGCUGGUACGGGCUGCUGUGGAGGACAACACACUCACCAUUGAACCCGUGGCCUCGCAGGCUCUGCCCACCGUCAAGAUGGCCGCUGUGGAGCCUGGCAGUACAAAUACCUGUGCCCUGAGCGGGCUGGCCCGAGCCUGCCGCCACCGCAUCCGGCUGGGCGACUCUGAGAGCCACUACUACAUCUCUCCAUCCUCGAGGGCCCGGAUCACGGCCGUGUGCAACUUCUUCACCUACAUGCGCUACAUCCAGCAAGGCCUGGUUCGGCAGGACGCGGAGCCCAUGUUUUGGGAGGUCACGAGGCUGAGGAAGGAGAUGGCGCUAGCCAAGCUGGGCUACUUCCCCCAGGAGGCCUAGGCCACGGAGC